AUGUACAGAUCCUAUCAUUCAGCUGUUCAACUUCUGUCACCCAAAGCUGUUUUCUUUUUAGGCGAUUUGACGGAUGAGGGUCAGUGGGGAGACUACUACACAUUCCACAAAUAUGCAGACAGAUUUGAUUCGUUAUUCGGUUUUUCUGGAAAGAGACCGGAGGUUCAUGUCCUAGCUGGAAAUCAUGAUCUAGGAUUUCAUUAUGCGAUAUCGCCGCUUCGAGUUGACUGGUUUGAGAAACGUUUCAACAGCAGCUCUGUAGAAGUGGUCGUCAUCGAUAAGCAACCCUUCAUACUUCUAACAUCGAUGGCAAUGCAUCGUGACGGUUGCAAAUUCUGUCAAGAAGCAGAGAUUGCUAUACACCAUGUUGCGGAUGAAUUGACAUGCGCCAAGAAUGGCGUAUGUGACAAUAAAACCUCUCGAUUUCUGCCAUAUCGCAGGCCAAUACUACUGCAGCAUUUUCCAUUGUUUAGGUACCGUCUCUAA